AUGGAAUCCAACACCGAGAGGCUCGAGACUUUCCAUGAAGGAUAUCCCGACACCUUCGGUGGAUUUUUCAAAAAUCAAAGUGGCCGAACGAAGAAGAUGGCGUCGUUCAUCGUGAAUUCUCCACCUGACAUCAGCCCAAACGCGCGUGUUGUCGCCGUUUGUGGAAUCAGCGACGAAUAUUGCGACUCCGCCAGCCCAAGCGCGGACGGGUGGUUCUAUUCAGAUUUCUUUGCAUUCCAUACAUUACUCUACGGCCAGGGCGCUGCACAGACAUGGUGCUGUGCAGAUCAGCCAGGUUUUCUCCUCUCCAAAUACGGCCAAUACCUUCACGGCAACCCAUUCACAGAACGACGCGUUGUUUUGAAUGAGCACCUUCUUCAAACUGAGCUGAAUGAUGUUCAGGUCUUCCCUUCCUCAAGUCUCCUGUCAUCUUUCCUUGAUGUUCUACGCGGGGAAGCCGCGUUGGCGGUCCAGCUUAAACAGCCACUCAUCCUUCUUCUAUUUGGCCAUGGAGACAACAUCACGAAAUCUGUUAAGAUCGGAGGCACAGACUUCAGCAGUGACGAGUCGGAUAUCUUUGAUACCGUUGGUACCGACGAUGAACUUUCCAUCUCUACUGUAGCCAACAUUGUUGGUGAGGAAGCAGAUGUCACUGUAAUAUCAACAGCAUGCUUCUCGGGGGGUUGGGCUGUCACAUCCAUCCUAAACGCUACAGUUCUGGCAGCAGCUGGACAGAGCGAAGAGAGUGAGUCGUGGGCAAAAAGUUCCUCGUUGUCAAGGGCGUGUGGUAGCAUCUACGCAUCAACCCUGAUCAAGUCACUCUUGAAGGAGACAAACGACGAACUCCAGCCAUCUACCCCUUCGUCCUCGGAACGUCCAGAUGUAUCUUCUUCUCCAACUAAAGGCCGAUCGAAGACCUUCUCAGAGUUUGCCAGGACCCUUCACCGCCUACUUCUGACAAGCGUGGACAGGUUCGGUUAUACACACAACAUAUCGUUCAGUGCUCAGAACGAUGAUUGGGAAAGCCACUGGCGUAAGCGGACUGGUUUUCCUCUGGUAGAUUUCAAAUCAAAGUGGGAAAGCCUAGACGUUGUUCCGCCACGACCAUCAACACCCUUAAACAGAGAUCCACUCGCCGAGGACUCAACGAGAAUGGACAACACUACAAGGGAGAGCACUCGGGGCCAGUACGGGUCAUCAUCAUCAUCAUAUCUAAGGGGCCUUCGUCGGCUCGCGAAAAGGUACCUACAGAGCUUUCCAGACGCUGAUUCGCUCGCUCCUAACUCUAUGCUACAUCAAGAAUGUGUGGACCUCCUUGCUGGGAAAAGGGAAUUCAAAUCUACGCAUCUCGAAAUAAUAGAGGCAACAUUACAGUUCCGGAUGAGCCUGGGUUUCUUGGCCAAUCAACUCGUUGUUGGCUGCUCCUUACCGCUUCCACAGGUAAAGUUCUGUGAAGAAUGGGACCCAGAGAACAAGUUCAGCUACGAACGAGAAGAGAGGGAUAGAGUCUUUGAGCGUUUACUUGGUCUAUUCCCAUCGCCACUUCGUGAGCAGGGAGUUACGGGCUGGGUAAAACCCUACUGGUAUAUCGUCGCGGCGCUUAUGGAAGCGGGCCUCUCUCCACCCCAACUCGACGCUAAAAUUCGGCAACUAUUUGAAGCUGUCCAUGACAUCAAAGAGACUAAGGCGGACUUGGUGCGAAGGAACCCAGAUGUCCAAUCGAAACGGAGACGCUUGCUCAAAUCAUGUGGUGUGUUUCUGCGACCGAACUAUGGAAUCCUCGUAUUCCAGUGCAUAAGCUCUCUUGACCCCUUCGAUCCAGCCAUGGCGGUCACUACGGCGUCUCCAGCCGAACCCCGCGAGGAGUUCGGCUCCCUGACGCUGGACGCAAACGAACUACUUCACCACCCAUGCUUGCCUAGGGUACAGAGAUUGAUAAACUUCGCAUUCAAGCGCGAUGAUGGCGUCGCGGUCAACUCGGACGGUAAAAGGGGCCGGUUCAAUUCGCCAGAACAGAUCAUUCCGUGGAUCGGCAAACACGGCCGGAUGGUCAUUCUUUUUAAAUAUAAAACAAAGGAGAGUCAGCAGCACACCAACGGCCACACCAACGGUACAAAUGGCUAUGUAAACGGCAACGGCGCCACUACUAAUGGGUCAAAUGGCUGCGCUGGGGCUGACCAAGAGCGUGAGCUCGACACCAACGAGCCCGUUGCAACGGCUGUGAUAAAAUAUUUUAAACCCGACUUGGGAAUUCAGCCUAUGGAGGGAAAGCUAGACGGUGAUGUUGAAAAGGGAAUCGGAUAUGACUCGGAACCAGCCGAUAUUCUCUCCAUCAAACACUGGGAACCAGCUUGCGUGUCGGUCAUGCCAUUCGAUGAAUCGCUACAGGGUAAAGGUUUGGCCGUUCGUUGUGUUCAGAUGCUAGAAAAGGAUCUUUUACAGCGGCUGGAUAUCGCAGCACGAGAACAACAGCUGAAAACAGGACAGCCGAGCGAUACCUCACCAUUGACUUUCUGGAUUCGAACCAGAACUGAUACGACGGAAGCAUACUGGAAGAGAAGGGGAUAUCGGUUCUGA